AUGAGAAGAACUGUAACUCUUUUCCCCUGUUGCCCUGAAUCCCCCACCCAGUAAGGACGGCCUCGGAGCCCACGCGCUGAGAGUGUCUGAGAUGAAAACUAUGAUGCCAAUCGCCACGUAAACCCAGUAAGGACGGCGUCGGAUUAUCUAUACGUGGCAAUUGGCAUCAUAGUUUUCAUCUCAGACACACUGUCAUUGACUGAUCCUACUACUUUGGUUUUGAUGAAUGUUCAACAUUCAUCAUCAACUUUUUAGAGUCAACAAAUGAAGAUUUUUCUGCUCUACUAUCUUGUGCAGGUCAUAGCUCGGAAAUGUAAAUCUUCUACUCAUUGAAAUACACAUUCUUCAAACAACAUACGGCCUCUUGUUAGGUAAAUGAAUGAAUGAAUCAAUAAAGUUACUCAACAUUCUUGACAAUAUAAUUUUUUCAACAAAGAAUCCGAUUACAAGGUAAAAAAAAAUGCUCAUCGAUCCUCAUGCUCAAAUGCUCAUGGUGCAUGUCCAUCUUCGUGUGAGAACCCGCGGACCAACAUUUAGUGAUGUGGUACGGUGUUGAAUGAUAGCAGUGGUGGAGCCAGCCUAACUAGGAAAACACACAAAAGCAGAAGAAGAGGAUAGUUGGCAAAAUCCGAAACAAUCGCUUGGGCCUGAUGACACAACUUCUGUUAGUGCUGGGGGCGCUUACCCCACUCGCGACGUGGUGGUCGAGGGCGUUCACAUUCUUAACCGUUGUCACAUUGUUAAGGCUACCUCCCAAGACUGCUACUACUUCUUCUACAAGCAACAAGAAAGUGCGAUACUACAAGAAAUUGAAAUCCAGCGAGCUGCUCCUGCUACAACUACUAAAUGGUAAAAAUGGUAAUGGAGGUUCUUCUACUUCUCUUUCUCGAACAAGACAUGAUACUUGGACAGAAUAUCAACAAUGCAUCAAGAGAAUGAUACUUACUAUAAAUAUGUUUGAUAUUUCCUAUUUUGCAAGAGUUGCACUCUCCUUAGUUACACGUUGGUCUCUAAGAAAGUCUAAUAUUGGCCGCAGCAGCAUCAACUUCAACAACGGAAAUAAUUGGAGGCGGAAAUAAUGAAGAAGAACCGUCGAGAAGCGGGCACUCGCCUUUUCUGCGAGGAAGCGCGCAUCUGGGAUCGAACUCAAAGAGGACGGAGACUCUAAUGGAGGAUGAUAAAGAAAGACGUGAACAUGGUACCCAAGCAAGCACUAGCUCUAUUGCAGGAGCUUAUGAAAGGAAAAAGUGCACUCACUAUCACACUCAAGAAAGUAGUCAUGUAUGUUCCAGGGUCUAGGGCCACGGCACCCCCACGGACGGCAGGGGGGGCCGGGAGCCCCGGACCUUUUUUGGCCUAGUCUCUCGGGAGUAGAAGGCCUCAAAAGGGAGCCAGGGGUCCCCCCCCGCUCUCUUCCGGCUGUCUGCGUGUCCCCUACAGCCCCCCGGUUUGCUGGCUCCCCUCCGCGGCUGUUUGCCGGGGGAGAAAGGCCGCCGAAGGCGGCAAAGAGCGCAAGGCGUGACCCCCUUAGCCGCCUGGCCUGUACCCGACAGAACCCAGCCGGGCAACCGUCCCCACUUGCCCCGACCCUCGUGGCCCUUGGUCUUCAGCUUGCUGGCUCUCGCCGCGCAUUUGAUGAGGGCAACCCAGCAAAAGGGGCCAGGCCUCGAACCCGGCGACCUCUUCCCUGACAAUCCGCGAUAAACAGAUCGAAAAGAGCGCGCAAGCGCCACCCCAGGGCCAUCCACAGAGGGGGGGGCGCGCGUCCCUGUAUCAUAUGGACUUUCCUACUUAAAAACCCCACCACCUCCAUCCUACUUGAGUGCUGUGACUGCGCUUAUGAAAGGAAAAAGCGCACUCACACUCAAGAAAGAAGUCGAAAACUGGAUAUAACCGAGUUACUGACUGAAGUAAGGACGGCGUGGCUUUUAGCGGCUACUCUUUGUUUUUCAGUAUCUCGGUUAUUCUCGUCUGUAUCUUGUGUUACUUGCUUCUUUAGGUUUAUCGAAUAGUUCCUUUCCGACUUAAAAGUUCCACCUUCUUGAGUGCUGUGAGUGCGCUUUUUCCUUUCAUAGAGCUAGGGUGCGUAACAUUGUUACCAGCGUUGCUUCUGCGUUCUUGUUUGUGUUUCAAGGCGAGGAAAAUGACCUCCAGGACGUCGAGUACGUGGGCCAAGUCCUUGGCGACGCUUCGUAUUCGUUUACAGAGAAGAAGGUAUGGCAGAAGAUUCAACAUUUUCAUCUCUCUCUCCUUCAUUCUUUAACCAUUCUGGCAGUUAUUUCACGCCCAAUCCGUGACUUUCAUGUGUGACAUCGAUUUCAGUUGUUGAUCAGCUACUUCUACAAGAAUAUGGAAAUGAAAUACAAUUGCGGGUACAACUUAGGACUAGGUGUUUCUGUUGGUGUUGCCGUUUGUUAUGCGGGCUCUCCGAACAAGGGAACAACAGAAACUAUUACUAUACAGCCUAACGAACGGGGAACAGAAACACCAAAAGCACACAUGCAAAUACAAAAGCCGCUGACUUUUAGAGCUGCAACGACGUUCCGGCUACCAUCAAGGGGGCAACUCCAACCCCUAGGCACCCCUUCGUCUCAGUGUUUUCUCCCAUUUUUUCAUCUUCUCUUCGUCUCGGUAGCCGUUUCUUCUCCGGGUCUGCCACCACAGCUACCACCUCUACUACCGCGUCGUACUUAUGGCUUGAAGAUAAGUGUUAUACCCCUGGAGUGAGAAGUAUAUAGUCUAUACAGUAUACCUUCCGAUUCGGUAGUACACUAGCACACCUUAUCAACAACAACUGCUAGUCAGAUGCAUUGUUCCAUAGAAAAAUCUCCCUCUAAUUUGAGAGGAGGACACGUACAUGACAAACCCGUGGAACCCAGAAAAUUUGAUCAACUGCAAAUCCUGGCGUGGACCUUUCGUGUUAUGGAGGACAAGGGAUUUAUUUGUUCUACAAAACUUCUAUAUAAUGACUCAGACUCAUGAGUGGCUCCUCCUUAUAAACAUUAUUUAGUUGUGCUGGUCUCCAGGAGAUCAUGAAGGGUAAACCACGAAGAAGAAGAAAACCAACACUACUCCCUGCUGCAAUAUGAAGCCAAAAUCAUUUAUCACUUGAGAUAUGAGAUUUUAUUGGCUCCAUAUUUAUAGAUACAACAAACAUUACACUACCACCUCACAAGAAAUAGAAUGACUGUACUAGUACCUCCUUCAUCUGGAAUCUCUUUGGUGCUUCUCGUCUUCGGGUUUUUCAUGUGGCUCUUGUAUCGCAUAUUCUGUUGCAACUGCUGGCUCUGCAUGUGGGACAGGUCGGCGUUAAGGCGAAAUCUCCUCUCCUGACCACAUCAAAAUCGAUUAAUAUCUAUCAAUUAUAUUUCAAGUAUUAGAAUAAUCUCCAACCAAGAAAAAACAUACUCCUAUCAAUGCAAAAAAAAAUGUAGACUUUGAGCUGUUCUACUACGUAGGUAUAGAAGUACUUCAUUAUAUUCUCAAUGCAACAAGAACUUCAUCAGACUACGAGGUGUGUCUCUCCGCUACAACAGUAUUUAGAGGUAGGCCUUAAGACGUUUUUAACCCAGCUCACGUAGCGCUUCUAAGAUGAACUUCCCAUCCGUAAGUGUGUGUUUCCGUGCUGUCGCUACUUCGCUCGUUAUGCCUCUCCUCUUUCAGAGAGGCAAAACGAAGGGCAGCAGGAACGUCUGUAGCCCAGUCUUCUUGUUCUCAAGCUUACUAAGUUAUCAUCAGGAAUUAGAUCUGAGUAUUGUACUACGAGAACAACUACUUCAGAUAAAGUCUGUCUCCAUGCAGCGGAAAUUGGUGUGCGCUCUAAGAUUCUCACAUCGCGAGACAUCACCACUAUUAAGGCGAAAUCUCCUCAUCAUGUGGACAGUAAGUUUCUUCAUCUCAUCUGUGGAGUAGGUUUUUGACUAUCUAAGGUUAACUACAAAGUCAUUAAGGCGAAACUAGGCGAAAGUAUAAUGUCACGUGAAGAUCAGCAACUACUUACUUCUUCGUCUAUCCUUCUCGUAAUAAUAAUGAUAAUAAUCUUACAUGAUGUAGUCCUCGACGUGCAUAACCUAACCUUACAUGUGCAGGAUCCAAAACAUAAUAUCACCUUUACAUGAUUGGCGCAAUGUUAUUAUUCACCGCCGUAGUAUUAGAAAUACGUGCAUGAAGAUUCUUCACCGGAGGACCGUACAUGCUUACGGUGUGCAAGGUGAGUCCGCCAUAGUUUCUAUUUGCUAGUUCUUUCUCGGCCUCAGACAAGGCUCAUCAUCUUCUAAUCUCAGUAAAAAAGGCGACCAAGGCGAAGGCCAGCCCCAAGCGAGGAGCGACCAACGGAAGAUGAAGAAGAAGAUGAGCAGGCAGUAGAAGGCAAAAGGAAAAGAUUCGUUUCGCAGAAGAUCAGGGUGCGGCAGAUCGGAGCCUCAGGAUGAUGAAGCUGUCGACGAAAGUAAGGUGAAGCUGCAGAUGAAAGAAAUGUAUUACAAUCUAGACCGGGAACUAAGACGACUUUGCAAUGCCUCUUGUUAGGCACAUUCAUUCGUUCAUUCAGUCCGGUUUUACUUGGGUUAACGGAAAAGGAAAAACGUUCUGAGUACUUACUGUCCUCUUAGAAGUGAGGUCCAUGAAUGGCUCCGGUAUUUGGUAACCUGAAUUUGAUCAUCAGGGAAAACAAG